CGGAAGCUCCGCGUCCCUUCGCCAGUAAGCGCAUCCGUCCCCGCUCCCGCUGCACCGAGCUCCACAGCGCCGAUGUCUGCCUGCAUAUGAGCGGAUGGUGGACCGUUCCCCGGUGAACAGCGCAGACUCCCCCGCGCCGUGAACAUGCCCCGUUGCCGCCGCCUGUAGCGACCCAGAUCCAGGGAAAACAGCCAAGCAGGAUGUGGCAGGUUCUAGCCUGCGGCGCCGUAGUGUUCCCCGGGCUCUUCCUCGCCUUCAGGAGGGUCCUGCCGGCCGUGUUCCGCCACUGGAGCGAUGCCGACGUGGUGCUGGUCAGCGAGAGACUGGUGUCCUCCAUCCACGCCAUCAUGGCAACCACAGCAGGGGUCAUUGUCGUGUUGUCAUGUCGGGGUAACGUCAUCUAUGACAGGCACUGGCUGACCACCUAUUUCGUCAUCUGGUAUGGCGUCCCCUACAUGACGUAUGACAUCUUCGCCAUGUACCUCAGCCACUACCACCGCUACCGCGUCAAAGGGCACGAGGACUACAAGCAGCACUCGCUGAGGACCGUAAACUCCUUCAUCCGGAAGGAGUUCCUGCUGGUGCUGCACCACAUCGCCCUGCUUACCAUCCUGCUGCCCGUCACACUGUUCUUCAGAAAGGACCAGGGGGAUUUUUUCAUCGGCUGCUUGUUCCUGACCGAGCUCAGCACACCCUUCGUCUCCCUGGGGAAGAUACUUAUUCAGCUCAGCCUCCAGGACUGCUGGGUGCACAAGGCCAACGGCGGCAUGGUGCUGUCCACCUUCUUCAUGUGCCGCAUCGCCCUCUUCCCCUACAUGUACUGGAUGUACGGCAGCCACUACGGCAUCCCCCUCUACAGCGUGCCGUUCCACCUGCCGCUGUCCGCCAACCUGGGCAACUCCUGCAUCCUGGCGCCGCAGGUCUACUGGUUCGUGCUGCUCUGCCGGAAGGGCUUCCGCCUGUACCAGCGCAGCCGCAGGCCGCACCCGCUCCCCGCGGAGGCGGCGGCGGCCGCCGUCGCCGACACCUCCAAGGACGAUUGAUAUCCGGCUCACGACCGCUCGCUCAAGCCGCACACUCAGCUACUAACUGAACCCCGCCGUUGUACUGUAGUACGCCAGGACUGCCUGCUCUCGUUCCACAACUCCUGGGCAUUCUCCGCACACUUGAACUCCUCCGUUACAGAUCUGCCGCCUAAGUGGACUUCUCCACCACCGAUCGUAUGCUACUACUGAAUUUGGUCAUUUGUGUUCUGUUUUUGGGCUCGACUCUGGCCCGGAUCUAGUUGGAGCGUGCUCCGUUUAGAGUGCUGAAGAGAGGCCUCGCUGCAGGUGGAGCCGGAGCAAACGCACCUCAAGAGGAGCUUCCGUGGAGAGACUUUCUCUUAUCUUUGUCCCACUGUGUUUACAGCUGCUGCUGGUUGGGGAGGUCUGUUACCGUGAGUAGCUGUUACGGCGGGAUGUGUUUAAAUUUACGGUUUUGUUGCAGGAGCAAUGUCUUGUAGUUGCUUUUCCUCUUCCAUCCAUGCGUUUCUCACACUAACGAAGGAUUAGGAACGGUGGUGGGUCGUGUUUGAAGGAAAAAAAAUGACACUUCAGAGCUAAAAGCAGCGGCAUUGUCUCCUCCCAGUUGAUAUGGUAGCGUCUGCGCCAGUAAUCCUAGUUUUCCUCACAGUUUUUUUUCUUCCCGUUCAACAAGAUUAAACAUUUUCAGGAUUUCGGUUUGGUAGUGAGACGUUCUUUAAUACUUUUGGAAAGUUUGAAUUGCACAGAGAGCUAAUGAAAGAUCUGCAAACUUGUUUUUGAUUUCUGUGGCGUUUGUGUGCAUAGUUAGACGUUUCCCAGCUGAACUCUGGGUCGGUCAGAGCAGUCAGGUGAGUUGUGGCUCAGCUGGACACUUUUAAUGAAAACAGAAGGAAAAAAAAAAAGUUAAAGGUGUCCGGUUUGAUUUCUGUUCAAUACUUCCUGUUCAGUUUCUUUGCAGAUCCACAGGUUUAUACACACUUCUAUAUCAGGUGUUGCAUCGAGCACUUAAAACAGAAGGCUGUACAUACAGUUCUUGCGGUUUUAGAGAUUUGAAUCAUGCUUGAGUUGAAAUAGAAACAUAGUUUUAAAACAUACAGUCUGCAUCAGUAAAGGGCCAUCCACACCAAGAACUAUAACGUCCUCUAAAAUUCUGGCUUUACAAUUGUGUCGCUGAGCUCACGAAGUCUGAAAAAUCUAAAUAAAUCUCAGUUUCCGACCUGUUUUCAGAAGUUGAGUUUAUUAUCUUUGAAUUCAAUUCAAGUUUAUUUCUGCAGCACCUUUCAAACUCAGUGGUUUACAGAAUAAAACGUCCUUUUGCAUUUCCAAGAGAAAAAGUAUGUCAGAAAACGGCUGAAAUAUCACUUUACAAACUAGAGAAUUGGCUUUAAAAUCAUCACAAUGUAUAGGUUUUUUAUUUUUGCAUGUUUUGAAAGUUCAGACAUUUUGACUUUAUACACUUACGUUUGUGAGAGCCGCUCAGAAAUUGUGGAAGAAUAGUUUCUAUUAAUAAAAUAGAAAAAUUAAAUUUUUUUAGUUGGUUCUAGUUUUUUUUGUCUCUUAUUUCAAGAAAUUGUAAAUUUAUCAACCUUAAAAUUUGCUCAAGAAAAGUAAUUUCUGAAACCACCAAAAGGAAUAUUUGCCAGAAAAAAAGUGUUAAACUUGUAACUUUGUCAGAGAAACAUUAAGAAACAUUGUGACUUUGUACACACACAUUUAUGUUAGAAACUUUUUGAACCACUGCACUUGUUAAAAAG